AUGCGCAAUGAAAGGCACCUUAAACCUGAAAUCAGAAAGCGAGAGUCAGAGGCUAAUAGAGCGCGCUCGCCAUCUCCUUCUCUGUUCUUUAAGAGCUCGCCCUCGUCAAACUUGCUGAAACUCAGGAAAGCACAUUCAUCUUUUGGAGAUAGCAGAGCAUCAACCGGAAACGAACUGGAUAGCACGAUUCAAACGUCCAAAACAGGGGACCCUGCUGCGUCUUUAAGUACCGAACAAAGCGUGAAUAGACCUCCCAAUGACAUGAUGGUCGAAGUCCUGCCAUCCUUUGAGCUUUACAAUACACUUCACAGGCAUAUCCCGCAAGGUAAUGUCGACCCUGACAGGAUCGAUUUUCCACCUACUUAUCAAGAAGUGCAGGCAAGAUCUCCUCUACUCUCUAGUGAAACUGAUAGUCAACUUCCUGAAUCUUCGGAAGCCUCCGUUCAGUCGUUCGAUCAUCUUGCGCCAUCCCCGAGCGGUGGUGUCAGGGAUGAAAUGCACAACUUGGAGGCAUUGGGUACCGUGCAGGAGCCUAUUCAAGAUGAUGUUGAUGAAACGGACAGUAUCUACAUCGAUAAAAUCUAUUCCCUCCCAAAAUCAACAAAACCAAUUGAAAUCGACAUUCACGUUACAAAGGAGCCUGCAGCGGUCGAUAAGAAAGCAGAGGACGAGUCGCUAUUGAGAGAGUACACUUCGGGAGACAUUUUGCACGGUUAUGUUAUCAUCGCCAAUAAGUCUUCGGUACCAAUCAAAUUUGAAAUGUUCUAUGUAACACUGGAGGGCCAUGCGACGGUUGUAGAUCGAGAGUGCGGAAAGCGCACCGUCAAGCGCUUUCUUAGAAUGGUGGACCUAAGUGCCAGCUGGUCGUACUCGGAUAUUGACGUCGCAAAUGGAGUCAAUUAUCUUCCAGGUGCCAAAGAUUUCGAAAAUUGUACCAUAGGACUUCUCAACAGUAGGACUCUGCAGCCCAACACCAGGUACAAAAAAUACUUUAUGUUCAAGUUCCCCUCGCAUCUUUUAGAUGUUUCUUGUAAACACCAACAAUUUUCCCACUGUUUAGUACCGCCAACUCUCGGAAUAGACCCUGUCAAAGGGAGUGGUAAAUACUCUGGCAUAAAAAUAAACCCUUUGCUGGGCUAUGGGCAUACGGGAACCAGAGGCUCUCCCAUUUUAACAGAUGACCUGAGUGGCAAAGAAACGUCCAUUAGUUAUAUCAUUGAUACGAAGGUCGUUGGAAAAGACGCUCGGACUAGAAAACUUAACAUUUUGAAAGAACGCGAGUACAAUUUGCGGUUUGUCCCAUUUGGGUUUUGCCGCCCAUUCAGCGGUGAACGAAGUCCACUUAAUCAACUACAAGAUAUUACACGACUUGUUCAAGAGAGGCUCGGGGCUCUGAAAAAUGUGAUGCAACGAUUAGAAGCGAACGAGCAGAUCACCAAUCAGGAUUUACACAAUACCGACGUCAGUGGAUGUGUAAGUGAUCCUACCGAAAUUGACUCAGAAGAAAUAUUGAGGCGAAAGCUUAACCAAGUGUAUAUCAGUAACCGCAUCGAUCCAAUCUCUUCAUCGUUUCCUCUCAGGGCCUCGAAAGUUGGGAAAGUGAAAACCAAAAUGAUCGAGACUGAGUUCAAGUAUAGUGUCAAAGGAAGGCAAAAAACAUCUAACAAACUCAAGAAAGGUCUCUUUGGAAGCUUAGCGGGCUCGCCUGCGUCGUCUACCGGGUCAGCAAAUGCCUCUAGCAAUAAGUCUGGGAUUAUUGUCCUCACAAGUGAAGUUCCUAAAGCGGGGCUUUCUUAUAUGAAACCUUCCUUGUUAAGAAAAACCAACAAAUUCGAAAAGAAAGGUGCCCAGAAUAAGGAAAACUGGAAAAAUCUCACCACAUCCUUGCCGGAAAAGGAUAAAGAAAUUUUAGAUCAAGUUAUCAUUAAUAUGAGGUGUAUCCAGGCUAAUAAUGGAGAAUCGCAUGAACCACCCCAGAUUCACUCUGUAACUACAGAGCUCGUCUCUAUGUCAGUCAGUUCCACAAAUUCGAUUCCCAUCAAGCUUGACGCAGAUCUAAUUUUGAGAAAAGGAAGAUUAGAGCAAGUUAAAAAUGUAUUCCAAGGAUUUAAGAGCGAAGCAGACGAGUUGAGGGUAAACUUUGAAAAAAAUCGAGAAAACUUGAACAAACUCUUCAACAAAAGUGCAAGGCCGGGUGUACAUGAGGAGUUAAGAUUUUCUAAUUUUCUGUCAGAUCAAAUCCUCUGUGACAUUGAAAGCAUCGCUACCCUUCGCAGUGGGAUCCAGACUCUCCCGCAUAUCUUCAAAAGGCAAAUACAUACACUUGUCGACGAGGAUGAUUCGUUAGAGUGCUCACCAAGCAAAAGUCCCAGCGCCACCAGCCUUUUGUCAGCCACCUUCAGCGGCUCUUCAAUUGGCAGCCAUGAGGGCUCGGUGACAGAACGGUUGAGAAAACAGCUGUUUCGAGAAUGGGUAAGAACAAGUGACCAUGAAUAUGACAGGGUGAUUACAGUAAAUCUCCAGUUUGGAGAUGAUAUCAGAGAAACUUUGAUUCCCACUUUUGAAAGUUGUCUAGUAUCAAGACUUUACUGCAUUCGCAUCAAUGUGAAAUUUGAAGGACAGCUCGGUAUUGCUUCCAUUGACGUCCCUGCUCAAGUCAGGCUACUGGAAGCCUAG